GGGCGAAACGCGCGCCGCUCGCGUCCCGCACGUCAGACGGCGGGCGUCAGCGAGCGAGCGCGCGGCGCCGCUUUCUCUUCUGUGCGCAUUUUUUGCAAGCUAAUCGGCAUCGAACGAGAUGUACGAUCUGCGAUCUUGAAUUCUUUACAGAUGCCGCAGACGGUGCCCACUGCAGCCGGCUACUCGCCGUCGUUCGACUACAGCAAUUUUCAGUUCGAUCUGUCCCUCCUGCCGGACGAUUAUGGCCCGACCGGCGGCGGCCAAGCCGGCCUGAAGAGCUCGCCGAUCAAGCAGGAGGCCUGCUCGCCGCGUCCGGGAUCGCCCACGACUUACCAGAGCCCGCCGUAUCAGAACAACGGCGAGCUGCCAUUGUCGCCUAACUACUCGCACGAGGGUUCCUCGCCGGGAUACCCGACGAGCCCCUACUAUGUGCCCAGGAGUCCCCAGAGCGCCCAGUUUUACCCCACCAGCCCGGAACCAUCGGCCAAGCAGCCGGUCAAGAGGGAGAAGAGCCUCGAUCUGCUGGCCAUCCUUCAGGAAUCCAGGCUCUUAGCCGAGAGUCUGGGCUACCGCGAGGACUCGACUGACUGCACGGUGCCUUGCACCCCGCCCCGCAGCGAGGAGGACAUCUACAACAGUCUCGACGCGGACUUCCUGCCUAAGAAAGAAGAUACCGGCGUGCAGGGCCAUCAGUUGCUUAAGGAGAUCCUCUUCAAGGAGGAACCGCGAUCCGUUUCUAGCGGUUCGUCGCCGUCCUCCUUGUCCUCCUCCUCCUCGUUGUCGCCCAGCCCUUCGAGCGACUUCGAGAGCGGUUCAGCGUUGCGCGAGCUCCUCUUCAAAGGCGCGCCGCGCAAGGAUCUGACGGAGAUUCCCAAGACGAGCCAGCUCAAGGCGGAACGAUCGCGGGACGAGCUGGCGAAUCCUCUGCAAAAGGAGGAGGAGCUCUUCAAGGACGGCCAGAAGAGCGAUCACCAGCUGUUGCGGGAAGUGCUGCGAGACACCAGCUUCCAGAGGAAGUACAACCUAAGACCCGUCGAUCUCGGCGGCGUCGGCACCGGCUUCGUCGAGGACAUGGAGGCCGGCGAGUGCGUGGGCGAUCUCGCGCGCGAGCAACUCGAGCCGGUCCUCAGCCUGGCCAUCCAGCAACUGCAGAAGGACUUCGACAACACCUGCGUGGCGCUCGGUAUUCAUCCAGAGCCUAGACGCUGGAGCGCGGCGGAUGUGGCAGCUUGGGUACAAUGGGCUAGGCGGCAAUUACAAUUGCCCUCGGUACCACUGGAGAGCUUCAACGUGGAUGGCGCGACGCUGGCCUCCCUCACGGAGGAGGAUUUCUGCCAGAGAGCUCCUCAGUGCGGGAGCAUGCUACAUGCGCAGCUGGAGAUUUGGAAGGCCGCCGUCGAAGAGUCACCGCGGAACACGCUCGCCGCUUCCUGGAGCCCCGCGGGGGUGGUACAGUCGCCGAGCAGUGCCGUGACCCCGCCGGCGGUCGGAAACGCGACAGCCAGCCUCAAGGAGUCACCCUGCACCAUAGAUUUCUCGGAUGACGAGGACGAGGAGUGCGCUUCCGCUCAAGGCGGCGGUAACAGCGGCGGCAAGAUGCGCAACGGCGGCAGCCACAUCCAUCUCUGGCAGUUCCUGAAGGAGCUGUUGCAGAGCCCGGGCGUGCACGGCUCCUGCAUACGCUGGCUGGACCGCAGCAAGGGGGUCUUCAAAAUCGAAGAUUCGGUGCGCGUGGCGCGGCUCUGGGGCAAGCGGAAGAAUCGGCCCGCCAUGAAUUACGACAAGCUCAGCCGCAGCAUCCGGCAGUACUACAAGAAGGGCAUCAUGAAGAAGACGGAGCGCAGCCAGAGACUGGUGUACCAGUUCUGCCAUCCUUACUGUCUGUAAGGAGCCCUUCGGCCUCAUCCCCCCGCACUUCCAAUCCUCCUCCUCUUCCUCCUCUUCCUCUCCACUAAUCCUCCUAUUCCCUGCUUCGCGCGCGCGUCCGCGUGCGCCUGCGAUCCAGAGCGAGUGACUUCAGGAAAAUCUCCCGGAAGAGCCCAGCUUCACGGAGAUCGUAAGGUAAACGAUUCGCCGUGCUCGAUAUUAUUGGCGAUGAUAACGUCGAGUUACGGCCGGGUCCAUUUAGUACGCCCGUUUUGGGCGACCAUUUUUGCUUUUGCGUUUAUUUUCUCUUCUUCUUUCUCUCUCUCUCUCUCUCUCUCUCUUUUUCUCUCUCUCUCUCUGUCUCUCUUUGUCUCUUCUAUUUUCGAAUUCUUUUUCUUUUUUUUUUAAUAAUUAUCUGAGACGAGCUCUCAUCGCGAAGUGAAGGCGCGAACAAGUGGAGAUUCGCCAGAGAAAAGGGAAGAAAUAAAUCUUUCCCCUCUAUUCUCACGAUCGCUUGUCGGCACCAGUCGUCGGAUCCUCGAGCUGUCGGAUACGCGCGCGAUAUGUCGCACGGGCGUGCCUCAGCGCGCGGAACUGUUCGCUGCUUGAUGCUUGUCUCGCUUUUCCUCGACGACGGAAGCGACGAUACGAACGGGGAGGAAAACGAAGUCGGAGAGAAUCUAUUUUUUAUAACACUUUUGCAUGAGGAAAAAGACAACAACGCCGCAACAACGGCCGUCCUUCGGGCGUCUCACGUCGCGAUUUAAUGAAAAUAUAAAUGAAACCGUGAAAGAGGAAAAAAAAAUAUCGAAAUGUCAAUUCGCCGCGCCUUUUGUAAAAUAAAAAUAUCUUCGCUGAGAUAAUCGUUGACUGCUCGCAACAGCGUAUCGCGAUGUAACGUGGUUAAUUACAUUUUUGCGACUUUACAAUCUUUGACACGAACGCGCGAAGUCGUGGAAACAUUUUUACGCGGCGCGCGGAAAGGUGUUUAUUAACUUGUCGAGCGUGCCUUAGACACGUGCCGUGGGCAUCGCGAUGAAGGACGCUGGAACCGCUGAAACCACGAGUCUCGAUCGGGCACGCGGCGAUCACCGGCGAUUGCGCGAAAUUUCGCUCGCUCGUGAAUCGAUCAAGAAACGCUCAGGUGGUGAUCGAUCGUGGACUUUCCGUUCAAGAGGGAAUAUAAUUAUUGGCGAUCGUGUCGCGGCGCGCUCUCGAGGCGUCACAGGCGCGCGACUGGUGCUGGUGAUUUUGGUCCCAUAUAUCUAUGAUAUAUUAAAAGCUGUAUGUUCCAUGAACGAUUUAGGUUUUAAGGCAACUUAGCUGCGUAAGUGUAUCGGGGCUCACGUGAGCCGCCCUUAAGUUACUCGAAGAGAUUCUUUUUUUUUAUUCUUCAUACUUUCGUUUUUCGCUGUAGCGCUCGCGCGAUCGCGAUUACGACGUCGAUCGCGUCGAUCCUUCAUGCUCGUAGUUUGUAGGAGGUUCUCAUACAUCGCUAUCUUUUUUUUAUCGCACAUUAUUAUUCUUGUCUAACAAGUUUCUCGCUAUCGGCUUAAUAGAAAUCUCGUCGCAUCUCUUCACUUCUAUCGUUCGUGCAUAAUUUUCUGUCGCUCUUUUUUAAGAACCUGCUAACUUUGCAUACUUAAUCAAGUGCUUGUUUUCGUAUAUUUUAGUAAAUCUGUUAUUGCGAUUUCGGAUAUAUUAUGAUAACGCAUAUAAAAUAAUUAAUUCGAAAUUUUGCGAAUUUCGAUAUGGCUAACCAUAAGAUUUGCACUAACGUGUUCACACAUUCGCUCACCGAUCGGUUGUAUAUAUAGAUAUUUGCGACAUAUAUGUAAUCGUUAUAUAUAUAUUCGUUUUAUUUAUUUAUAACUGAGUCUAUCUUGGUUGACGUACGGAGCAAUCUUGCCGUGUAACGCUGAAAGCUCUUUGGCGUGAUAUUCCGUCGAUUCUGUGACCGAUGUCGCUUCCAUCUCGGUUCGCUUUGUCUCGAUCAUGAGUUUAACGUCGGGAAUUACUGCACGGUCGUUUCUCGCUCGUGCGAAAGUGCAAUUGAUGAACAAUGCAAUUACGUCCGUGGUCACCCAUUACCAUUGGACUUGAACCAUUCUCAGCCGACUAUAAUAACGUGACAUUAGUCGACGAUCGGACCUUUCACCGUUCUCGCGAUGUAUAUGUAUAGUCUGUUGAAUUUUCAAUUUCUCGCGACAAUUUUAUAACAAAAUUUUUAUACCAAGGUCCGUAUACAUUCUCAAAAUAAUUUAAAUUCAACGCUGAAAGCGUCAGAUAGUUGCAAUAUUUAGAAGAACGUAGUUUGAUUAAUAUUUCCUGUCGUUCUUUAUUAUUUUAGUCUUAGCAAAGACUACGAAAUUUGCUUACAUUAUUCGACCUGCUAAGUGAGCAAAAUGAGUUUCGUUGAUUGGGCUGCAGAAGAGUUCAAGUCAUUUGUACAACGCAGAAACUCGAUGCCAAAGAACAUCGCAGCGUGAACGAGCGAAUGUCAAUUAGUUUUGUCGAGAAAAUGGAAUCGCUCGCGUAAUUAGAUCGUAAAGCGCGCUUCCACGCCUGUUGGGUUUCUACGACAUGUGCAUUAUUAUUUUUUAUGCAGCUUGGCAUGCAACGCAAAUUGGAAGUAGACCGAGGCGGGGCCUCGAAACUCUCGAGGCACCAUUAAAUUUGUGUAAAUUUGAAUGGAAAAAAAUAUUAUAAAUUUAAUUUUCUUAUAGCGAGAGGCUUUUGUUAUUUCGAUUUUUCGAGUUGUCAGAAAAUCUAUUAACGGUUUGAAAAAUAGGUUCGCAAAUUCUUAUUACUUCGUAGAACUAAAUACAUAAAUGCAAUACAAUAGGAAGGAAAUACUUUUCGAUGGAACAUUACAGUUGGCUUCUAGACUCGCUAAAAACGUCUGCAUAUCGAGGGUUACCUGCAAUUCGUUUUGCGCCAGGCUUUACCGCAUUCUGUAGGUUUAACGGUAGUUGGUUCUUCAAUUCCGCGAUAAAGUGUAGGCAAAGCUCGAAGGCGGCGGGGAAUUCCUUCCCGCUGAUUGCAGUGACAGAAAGGAAGAGUGCAGUUCGUUGACACGGACAAAGUCGAAGAGUGCGGUUAAUUUCGCAGUUAGGUAGAGAAGUGGGAAAUAAUGGAAUUGAGGGACGAAGUGGCACAAGCAAUAUCAAAUAAAUCCGAUUCGCGUAAUCACAUAGUUAUUGUUCUAACCGAUUAUUUAUUAAUUUAAUUAUUGUUAAGGUGAAGUUGUAGGAUUAGGGAAUUGUAUAAAAAGGAACACACAUUUCUUGGUUUGGUUAAAUUGUGAGGAAACGGAGUCUGUCCAUUGUGAAGGAAUUUUCUCUAUAUAGAGAGUUUGUUAAUAGACGUAUUCGUUAUUGAAAACUAAAUUUUUUUGUGAUAAAAAAUUAAGAAAAAUUAAUUUUUUGGGUUAAAUUGCAAUUAAAAAUAAAUGCAUUUUUGAAUUAAUUCCAAAAAGAAUUUAUUUUGACAGAAUCUCAAGUUUUUCGCGCAAGAAAAUUAAAUAACUUGGUAGAUAUUUGCGCGAAAAAAUUGUUUUACUCACUAAAUACGUCCAUUAUCAAACGUCUACAAAGAGUACAAUAGACGUUAAGAUUAUUGAUGUUUAGAGUUUGUUUAGAAUCAGUACGACUUAUUUAUCUCGGUGAGAAAAAAAGCGAUGACGAAAGAGAAACAUGUGCUUCCACUUUCUCAGUGAUCUUUGGCAAUCAGAACAUAAUUAUUGAUGUGUGCGCAUUGAAUUGUACAUAUUUGCGAACACCACUGGCGAAUAUUUAUAUAUAUAUAUAUUUGUUUAAUCGUAUAUAGUUAAGACGUUGCUGGUUUUAUAUGAACAGAGAUUUAAUUAGGACUAAGCGUUGAUUUCCUACUUAACAACUGGUCUUAUCAAGACAUUGUUAUACAUAUAUCAUAUUAUAUAUUUAUGUAUUCAUGUUUCGACUGUUCUAAUGAGAUUAAGGUGGGUAUGGCGCAUCACGAGAUGAUAAUAAUAAUAAUAAUAGUCAAGGCUAUUCUCAAAAAAUAUUAUCGAAAAUCUGCUAUGAAAUUUGAAGGCAGAUCAACGUCGAUUAUAGAAUCGACGAUCGAAACGCGCGUUUUGCGUGUGGACUGAGAUAAGCCUCGACCAGAGCAAUAAUAAUAAUAAUAUUAAUAUAUAUAUAUAUAUAUACACACACAUAUAUAUUUUCUUACGUCGACAUUUCUUGCUACCGACAUUCGGAGCGAGUUACUAACACGAAGCAAAGAAAAAUAAAAAUAAA